AUGUCGGGGGUGGAGGUGAUUGCAGUCGUAGCCUGCGUAGCAGCCGUCGUAUCGGCCUACAACGAUGGCAGCCGCAUGUUCACAGCAAUCCGCAAAAAAUGGCACGAGCGCCGCCGCCAACCCGACCAGUCGACUCGGGAUCUGGAAUGGUCACUCGCACGAGGCCACCACGAGAUCCUAUCUCAGUAUAAUAGACACCACCAAGAACUAGGUCGACUAUACGCAGAAGGCGACUCGAUCGCUCGCGAACAGAUGAAGGAUAUCAUUAUCACACUUCAAGGUGCAUUGCUGAGACAUCUCCGCGAAGCACAGGAGCAAGGCUCCAGCUUAGAUCUGAUGGCGCUACAGAUGGAGUCUGAGCAAGGCCGUGUUCGGACCCUCGUUAUUCUGGGUGAUCUUUACCAGCGACUGGCAAGGGCGUCGCCUAUUCCGCCUACCCUCUCGAUGACUUUUGAUCCUACGUAUGUGAGAAGUCAGUACAUGUAUGGGGCCUACCUUCCUAAUGACCCGGACCGAUUCUCGCCAUCCCCUACCCGGGAGCCGAUGUAUCUGUCUGGUGGGUAUCCAGUUUCAUCGGGGGCGUUCCUGCUCGAGGGGUUGUCUGCGUCGCCUACAGAUACGCUGGGUGCGUCUGGCAUUUUCGAGACGAGUCCAUCAUCUCGGAGACGAUCGUCGGGGUUCGGGUCGGCUGUUAGUAGCAUGGGAAGUAUGUUCUCUCGAUCUCCGCGCGGGAGCAGGUCUUCUUUCCCAUCCUCUGCACCUGAGCCUGGGUUCCUUGCCCAGCCAGGCUUCUGCCACACCGUCUCGCCAUCAACACCAGAGCCAGUAGCAGAAUUGCCAGUACCGGAAACACCAGUGCGGUCACCACGAAGACCCAACCUCCGCCUAAGCCCAGUCGAAGAUGACAAUCUUUGGGGAGAACAAUGGAAACGCGAAAUAGCAGAUUCAGACGACGACGAAAUCAGCGAUACAUACCAUCCCCAGCUCAAAGACGAACCACCAAACCAUCACCUAUCCCCAAUAACCGCAAACAUAAUAUCAAUGCACCCACGCCGCCAAUCCCUCCCACCCCCAUCAAUAGCCUCAACAGACUCAACCCCCUCAAACCCCUCGACAACCUCAACCUCCUCACAUACAACCCUCUCCCCAGCCCCCUCCUCCCAACCCACCGGCCCAAAAUGGUCCCCAAGCAAAACAAACAACUACCUCGGCUUUUGCAAAGGCGCCUGGAAAGUGCACACAGGCUUCCGCGGCUUCAAAAUCCACACAGAACCUGGAAGUGGCUACUACACGCAGGUGUCCUGGCUGCGCUGCGUGAAAUGCGCCUUUGAAGGUCCCAUGGCUGCCAAGUGCAGUAGCACUAACCCGCAAUUCGACGAUUCCACUCUGGCUUGGUGGCUUCUUCAUUUCUCGGACUUUUUCCCUCCUCUCCUCUCACCCUCUAUACACCCCCUCCCUCCGUCCCGAGGACCGCGUUAUGCCAUGAGGCUGUCACUACGCAUCGGUGCGGCUCUCGCCCUCAUCAUUAUUACCCUUGUGCUCGUCAACCGCAGUUUAAAGCCCGAAGCUCAAUCCCUCAAAGAUCUAUGGCGAUUCGAUACCGCCGCAUUCCGGACAGCCCUAAAGCCCAAACAGCCCGAAGAAGACCCAUCGGCUCGCCGGAAAUGGCGGGUCGCGUCGGAUAACAAGCCUGCUUUGGUCUACCAGACCACCCAGAUCGAGGUGCCGAAUCAGGGUGCCUUGGUCAUGGCCAAGUUGAAGGCCGAGGACACAUCAUGGGCCUCAGGCGAAUUGUCAGAAUGGCGCAGCGUUAUCUAUACCGUCGACGAUACAAAUGCCCCGAUACAUACCCCCAAGAACAAGGGCAAGGAGUCUCUCGCCUACCUCCAAUACCUAGUUGACCACUACGACGACCUUCCUGAGACAGUUGUCUUCCUCCACGCCCACCGCGACGGUCUCCCCGCCGGAUGGCACAUUGAUACCAUGGAGUAUAGCAAUGUGGAUUCGGUUCGCGCGUUGCAGAGAGAGUUUGUUCAGCAACAAGGAUUCGUCAACUUGCGAUGCCAAUUGUCACCUGGAUGCCCCGAUGCUAUCCAGCCCUUCCGCCAACCCCCGAAGUACGAGAACCCCGGUGAACAAUAUUACGCGACAGCCUGGAAGUCGUUGUUCCCCAACGAGAAGAUUCCUGAACAGAUCGCCGCGCCAUGCUGUUCCCAGUUCGCUGUUUCCCGCGGCCAGAUCCUCCAACGCCCUCGUUCCGACUACCAGCGCAUGUACGACUGGGUCAUGAACAACGACCUGCCAGAUGACGCGACCGCCAACAUUAUGGAAUACACUUGGCACAUUAUUUUCGGCAGAGAUCCAGUCUUCUGCCCCGACCUCUUCCAAUGCUACGGUGACGUCUACGGCGAGGAAGUCGUUUGGUAA